AUAGCCAGCCUUUCGGACAGCGCUCACCCUCGCUUUGGCGAUGCGUGGACUCAUAUAUGAAAUAGGAGAGGGACAGAGAGACAGAGACAGCGAGAGAAAAGCAAGUGACAGGCGCUUGGUGGAUUAAUCCGGAGGAAGAGGAAGACGAUGGGAGGCAAGGCAUAAUAAAAGGCAGCCGGCACAAGGAGGAUACGGCUUUCAGCAGCAUCUCGCCUGCAUGCGACUCGACCGGAAGAUAGGACAAGAUAAGGGACGAAGAGGUGCUACUUUUAGCUCUUGGAGGGAACGCUGCAGUUCGUCUGGGUUGGCAUUUAUAGAGAGGGCGCUGACCGUGACGGCGCAGGAUGCGACUGGAGCGUGAUUAUGCAAGCAGGGAGGGGAACACCCAACCCCGAGGCGACUGAAGGAUGUUCCGCCCGGGGUGGAAAGAAAGACAUGUCAGGAGGAUGCUUCACGAUCACGCCAGUGUCCACCAUUUGAGAGCUUCCACGGCGUAGCCAUCUUAGAGCAGCAUCUGGUUAGCGUCUACGCCGAAGCAGGAUGCCUCUCUCAAAAGCUGACCCUAAAAUGCCAUACGGUGGCCUCCCAAAUCCCACCACGCACUUCCAGCAUUCCACAAGACGACUUCCGUCCCGUUCCUCUGGAUCCUCCGAGCUACUGCUGAGAGGUUCCUCUCUGAGGAACCUUCUGCACCAAAGUUCCAGCGUUUAUUCGCAAAGGAGCCCGGCAGCAGCCACGCAGCGGAGUGACGGAACGUGCUCAGCCUACAGCAGCCCUCGCAUUCCCAAGAGGGAAGCCUCUCGUUCAAAGGACACCUUGGACAUCCACACAGGAGCUCUGCGAGACCUUCAGAUUAGAAGGAACACAAACAAGAACUGGACUUUUGGCAAAUACCGGCAGAGAAAUGUGGACAACGCUCACAGUGUGGCCGAAGCUGCCUUUUCCCGGAGACAUCACGCCAAAGGAGGCAAUAGGAAUGUGGAAUCUUUGGAGGGAGUAGGGAGCUUCCAAGGAGAUGUGAGGAGCAUCUCUGACCAGGGAAAGAGUAUUUCCAAAACAAAACUUCCGGGGAGGGUCAACAUGGCUGCUGUCGCCCCAUUCAGGUACAGGUGUCAGGAUCAGGAGGAGCCAGGGGGCACCUUAGAGGACCUGAGCGACUGUUCCUCAGACUCCAUGGAGGUCUGCUGUGAUGAUCUUGAUCCCGAGUCGCAGAGGAAGCGCACGGUACAAAACGUCCUCGACCUUCGCCAGAAUUUAGAAGACACAAUGUUGAGUUUACGGGGCUCUCAGCACAGCCACAGCUGUGCGGACAGCAGCAACGUGGGCUACGACAGUGAUGACACCAAUGCUCGCAGUAUGUCCAGCCUGUCCAACCGUUCCUCGCCGCUGUCCUGGCGCCACGGGCAAGCCAGCCCUCGCCUCCAGGCAGGCGACGCCCCGUCCUCCUCGGCGGGGGGUUACCAGGGUUCCAAGACGCUCACCCAGUACGUCGCCCAAACCAUGCCGGCUCGCUGCUCGGGUAGGCUGAGCGGGACAUCACGUGUGGAUCUUCUGGACGACGGAGACCUCAAGUCCGGCUGCUUGAGCGAUAGUGACCUUCUGGGGAAGAACCUCCCGGAUGAUGACGACAACCUCACUAAUGGCUGGGAUGAAAGCAGCUCCAUCAGCAGCGGACUCAGUGAUGGUGACGGCGAGGUCUCGGAUAACCUCAGCUCAGAGGAGUUCAACGCCAGCUCGUCCCUCAACUCGCUCCCUAACACGCCGCUGGGAUCCAGACGCAACUCUUCCAUCAUGCAGCUCCGGACCGACGCUGAGAAGCGUUCUCUAGUGGAGAGCGGACUCUCCUGGUACAGUGAGGACGGCAAGGCGGGCCGCAAGAUGGACGCAUGCGGGUACGACACGGGCAGUCUCAAGACAGAAGCGCCAAGCAAGUGGAGGAAGAAACCGCCAAGUCUGAGCGACGAGCUGAGUGUUAAAGAGGAAGCCAGGAAGCCUCAACAUCUGGGUGCGUCGGGAAGCUUUAAGAAGUGUCGGAAUCCUCCGGUGGGGGUCACCUCACCUAUCACCCACACGUCACAGAGCAUGCUGAAGCUGGCAGCGCCAAAAAAUGACAAGCCGCAGGACAAAUCCAAGAUUUCCAUCAAGACGGCGGGUCUCCAACGGUCACGUUCCGACGCCGGCCGGGAUCAUCAAGUGGAUACGCGAAAGCCCCCGUCUGGUUUAGUCAAACCCACAACAGGAGCCUCCUUUGGCUACAAGAGAACGCCCGCAGCCACCGGUACCGCCACGGUGCUGAUAGCAGGAGGUGCCGCCAUCUCCAGUGGCUCUGCUACUGUGGGGAAAAUUCCCAAGUCCGCAGGCAUGUCAAUCAAGCCGGUAGGGUUAGGAGCGCCUUCUGGUCGCAAGAACAGCUUUGACGCCAGCAGCGACGCCAGCUUUCUGGGGCCCAAUGUCCGCAACAGCAUCCAGUACCGCAGCCUUCCUCGACCCGCCAAGUCCAGCACGCUCAGCGUCAUCGGUCGCCCCGCGUCCCGACCCGUCAGCGGUACUAUAGACGCCAGUCUGCUGACCCUGAAGCCAGUCAGCAUGGCCUCAGCGAGCCCCAGAGUAAAAGAACCUACUGGUUUGAGCAGUAAAAUUUCCAAUCGGACCAUCGUUGUCCCGGUGAACCAGACCGACCGGGAGAAGGAGAAGGCCAGGGCCAAAGCCGUGUGCGCUGAUAUGGACGUGGACUGUCCUUCCCUGAAAGGAGACGAGGUUCCAUCAGAGUCCUCGCGAGAAUCCGUUUUGAAACUGCACGGCCUGAGACGGACCAGCAGCAGCAAAUAUCCCGAACUGUCAUCACCCACCACGCCAAGGAUGUUCGUCAAGUCGUUGGGGCGUCCACCUAGUUUAGCUCACCUGGACAAGGUCAACUCCAACAGCCUGGACUCCUGCGUGACCAUUCAGGACCUCCCUCCCAAAGUCCCCCCAUACUCACAGCUCCAAGACCUGGCUUCCUCCCACUCAACAACCCGUCUGACGCCCAGCCCGGCGCCCGUGCUGCACAUCGAUUCUUCGGGCUCAUAUACAAGUGACAGCCUGGUUGGUUCGCCCCUGCUAUAUCCCAAACUGUCAACUAUGCACCGCAGCAUGGAGUCUUUGCCCCUGCAGAUGAGUGUGCCCUCUCGAGCCAGGUUUAGCCCCAAAGAGUCGCAGGGUAGUGAGAGGGGAGUGGGGACCUGGGGUGCCGGGAGCAGGACAUCUCUUAACCUCUCAGAAGGGUUGCAGACCGAUAGGAACACCUUGCCAAAGAAAGGCUUAGAACGCUGCAGCUCGAGCCUGUCGGAAAAUGACGGCAUGAAGCCGGGGCGCCGCCACUCGCACAACGCGACGUCCGAGCGCAUCAGCCCGCCUCAGCUGCCGUCGCCAACCCGCACCAUCCACCUCCUGUCCGCCACCAAAGCUCCUCUCACCAACGUGGUUGCCCCAAUUUCUUCUUCCGGCACACCGAGGAUAUCGCGCUCCAACAGCAUUGGGCCCCCCGGUGACUGCGAACUUUACGGCUCCUCCCCCCUGGGCAGCACCGUGUCGCUGGCGGAGAGGCCCAAAAGUAUGAUGCGCUCCGGCUCUUUCCGCGAAACCGCAGAUGAUGACCACGGCUCUGUGCUCUCUUUAGCUUCCACUGCUUCAUCCAACUACUCCUCCUCAAAUGAGGACAGGAUCCAAGGGGAGCAAAUCCGCAAACUACGCCGUGAGCUGGAAUCCUCACAGGAGAAAGUCGCCGACUUGACCAUGCAGCUGUCAGCCAACGCUAACCUGGUCGCAGCUUUUGAACAGAGCCUGGCACUGAUGACGGCUCGCCUGCAGACCUUGUCAGCUUCCUCUGAACAAAAGGAUUCUGAGCUGAACGACCUGAGGGACACCAUCGAAAUUCUGAAGACUAAGAACACCGAGGCCCAUGACAUCAUUCAGGAUGCUCUCAAUAAUUCCGAAAUUGUGUCAAAAGAACUGCAGAUAAAUCGUCAGGACUCAUCAGAAAGUCUCUCCAGCCUCGCCAGCACCGCCAGCCACACGAGCAUGGGCAGUCUCAAGGACCAGGAGGCCAAGAAGAAGAAGAAGAAGAGCUGGUUACGCAGCUCGUUCAACAAGGCUUUCAGCAAGAAGGGCGCUAAGCCAACAGGGCCCUAUGCCGACAUUGAGGAAAUUGCCACUCCGGAGUCGUCAGUACCACCUUCACCAAAAGUCAACCGCAUUGGGGCUGAUCCUCCGCCAUCAUCCAUGAAAGCCUCAGCAUCUGCGUCAUCAUCUGGGCUCUGUGAGGGAAGUGAAGUGAUGGAUGACAAGGUUGUGUCUGACCUUCGCUCGGAACUGUGGGAAAAGGAGCGCAAACUGACCGACAUCCGACUGGAGGCUUUAACCUCAGCCCAUCAGCUAGAGCAGCUACAGGAGACCAUGACCAACAUGCAGAGGACUGUGGACAAUCUCAAGGUGGAGAACGACCAACUGAAGACAAGCGGCCUGUCCCCCUGCCCGUCUCCUGGACCCUCCAGUUCUGUCUCCCAGUCCUCAGGUCUCACUUCUCUCGCCAGCUUCUCACCACGACACUCUGUUGCAGUGCGUGAUGCCAGAAGAACCAGUACAGAUUCCAUGGAUUAUGCCAGUCUGUCCUCGCAGCGAGAUGACCAUCGUGUCAGGGUGGUGGUUUGCAUUGCAGAUUUGCUCAUCUUCAAAGAUGAGGUGAAACAGCAGGACUUCUUCCUUGGUACCGUCAGAGUGAAUGGCAGGAUGGACUGGCCCAUGCUGGACUCUGCUGUCAGCCAGGCCUUCAAGGUUUAUGUUGCCAAAGUGGACCCCACCUCCAGUCUUGGCCUAUCGAUGGACUCCAUCUACAGCUACAGCAUGGGCCACAUCAAGAGGGUGCUGGGAGGAGAGGCGCCAGAGACGCAACCCUCUCGCUGCAUGUCCCGAGGUCCUACCAGCAUCACCGUGGCUCUCAAAGGUUUGAAGGAGAAAUGUGUUGACAGCCUCGUCUUCGAGGCCCUCAUCCCUAAACCCAUGAUGCAACACUACAUCAGCCUGCUGCUCAAACACCGCAGACUCAUCCUCUCCGGACCAAGUGGAACGGGCAAGACCUACCUGGCCUCGCGGCUGGCCGAAUAUCUGGUGGACCGUAGCGCCCGUGAAGUCUCCGAUGGCAUCGUGGUGACCUUCAAUAUGCAUCGUCAGUCCUGCAAGGACCUCCAGCUGUAUCUUUCAAACCUAGCUAAUCAAAUAGAUAGAGAAUCCAGCUCGUCAGAAAAUCCUCUGGUCAUUAUCGUGGACGAUAUUCACGAUCCGGCUUCAGUCAGCGAAUUGAUCAACGGAGCGCUGACAUGCAAAUAUCACAAAUGUCCGUACAUCAUCGGAACAAGCAAUCAGCCAGUGAAGAUGACUGCAAACCACAGCCUCCACCUCAGCUUCAGGAUGGUGACCUUCUCCAACAACGUGGAGCCCGCCAAUGGCUUCCUGGUUCGCUACUUGCACAGAAAGCUGAUGGAGUCUGAGGACGAGCGGAACCUGGCCAACGAGGAUCUGGUCCGUGUGCUGGACUGGGUUCCCAAAUUGUGGUAUCACUUGCACACCUUCCUGGAGAAGCACAGCACGUCCGACUUUCUCAUUGGCCCGUGCUUUUUCCUGUCCUGUCCAGUCACGGUGGAGGAGUUCCGGUCAUGGUUCAUUGACCUUUGGAACCAUUCUAUUAUUCCUUACUUGCAAGAGGGAGCCAAGGACGGCAUCAAGUUCCAUGGCCAGAAAGCGGUCUGGGAGGACCCUGUAGAGUGGGUGAGGGGCACCCUGCCUUGGCCUUCUGCCCAGCAGGACCAGGCGAAGCUCUUCCACCUUCCUCCCCCAAGCAUCUGCUCCAGUAGCCCCGGUCAGGCCGGCGAGGAGAAGUCACGCAAGGAGACCACGCCCAGCUCCACGGAAUCUGAUCCAUUGAUGGCAAUGCUUUUGAAGCUUCAAGAGGCUGCCAAUUACAUCGAAUCACCAGACAAAGACAACCCCAGCCUGCCAAGACUGUGAAUAAGCUUGCACGUUAAAAAACACUCAAACCGAAAAAAAAGUAAUUGUCACUCAUUUGACAUGACAGCCUGCUGUUCAUUCGAGAAAAAAAAAGUUUUUAGGGUGAUUUUGAAGCGUCAUUCCUACCAUGGGAAGUUAAAAGUGAAAAUCUUACAGUAUUUUUAAGAAAAUACAAAUGUAUUUCAAUAUAUAUCCAUACACUGUACGUACAGGGGGUCCUCAUUUUCUGUCAGAGUUCCGACGAUGGCAAUGUAACCCAAAUUUCUAUAUAAUUCCGAAUGCACUGUCAUCUACCAUGAACCUACAAUGACCAUAAAUUUCCUGGUUCAAAUAGGAUUUGUCAUUAAGACACUGUAAAGCCAAUUCUGAGAUUUGCUCCAAAAUACACAUUUGAAAAUAAUCGCUGAAAUCAAGCAAACCCUUAGAACUAUGUCACAACCAAUUUUGGGGAUAAAGCUUUAAUCUGUUACCAAUCCUUUUUCCUGAUACUUUUUUUUUUUGGGGUGGGGGGGGCUAGGCUUUUACAGUGUCUUUGUGACACACUUCACUUGCCUGCCACGCUAUGAAAGAACUUCGGUUGCAAUUCUGAGUUGACUAGUUUUUAUGAUUCGGCUAGCUGGUGCCUCCCUUCGGGGCGUGUAAAUUCGCAGAACUACGUAGUGGGAUAUUAUUUCAGCCACCAGAGGUUUUAAGCAGAUAGAUUUUUGUGACUCAAACACGGAUAUAUGCGUAGGCAUAAGAAAGAGGCCCGGAGCCUAUAUUUUGAAGCCUCAUUCUAUACUGUAUAUAUAUUUUUUUUGCAAUGUUUGUCGUCAAUCAAAUUUGGCGGGUUCGACAACAACACUCUUCUGUGGUGUGUCAAAUUUAAAAGAAAUUUUUAGAGUUCAUCUGGAAAGGCAUUUUGUGUUCAUCCUGAAAUUCCUCCUAUAACCCAAAUAUUUGUAAAUACCGUGCAGCGUAUUCUUACUCGGCUCACACUGUCCGUAGUCUCAAAAUGUUGUCUCGCAUGUCGGGCUCAUCAUAAUCCGAGGACCCCCUGCAUAUAUUGACAUGAUUCACUUCAGGUCCGUUGACCACCUGUUUGCCCUCAAUGAUCUUCUUAGAUUGGUGCUAAUAAACACUUCAGGUGAUGUCCAAACCAGCACAGCCUCCGAAGCGCAGCAAGGGGAUACUUUGUGCUCGUCCACUGAAGCUGUUCUGAAAUGCAAUGCAGAAGGGGAAAAAAUAAUUCAAUAAAAAGAGUAUGACAGCACGUUGCUGAAGUUCAUAUCUGCCGGAUCCGUCUCUUCAAGCCAAAUGUUACGCAUUAUGCAAUCCCGACUUUCCAUCCUGAGCAGGUGAAAAAAAUAUAUGCCUUAACGAAAAAAAACUUCACUGGUGCUUACGUCAGCUUAGCUCCUCCCAUUAGCAAGUUUCAAGAGCCUUUCAUUACCUGCCACGAGUCCUCAGUUUGAACUUGCAUAUCCAUAAUCGCAAAUUGGAAAAUGUUGCUGUCAUACUCUUUUUUUUCCCCCUCUCUCUCUCUCUCUCUCCACAAGUCUUCGAGCACUUAUGUAUUUUAGCUGCUUAACCUUAAAACACACACAAGCAUCCACAAUUGCUCCACCAGCAGGAGGAGAAUGAUGACACACUUUGAUUCCACGAUCUUUAAACUCAACACAAGGGUUACUUAGUGCCACACAGAAUGCACUUGCAUCUUAAUUUAUUUCACUCCAACAAUAAAACAUCUAUUUUAAAUAGACUCACGACACGCAGUGUGAAAUCCAUGCAUCCAUCAUCAACACCGCUUACCAUGAACAGGGUUGUUGGAGCCUAGCCCAAAUGACUUUGGGGGGAAGCUGGGCUACACCCUGAACUGGUCGCCAGUCAGUCGCAGGGCCCACAUAGAGACAACCUUCACGCCGACAUUCACUGAGUGGGAAGCGACCCUCACUGCCGCCAUACAAGUCAGGCGAGUGUACCACUACACUAUUAGCGAGUCGCAGUGCUGAAACAUUCAUCAAAAACAAGGCAGAGCUUCAUUUUAUUUUGUUAAGUGGCUACAAGACAAUAGAAUUCUCUGGAUUUCAUUCUUUUUUUUCUUUAAGAUGCAUAGUCUAUUUAAAAAAAAUGUGAAUGUGGGUCCAGAUGAUUUAAUUUCGUGCAACCACUUGACAAAAUAAAGCUGAAUCAAUUGAAUUCACCAUUUUUUUAAGUGUGAAAAAAUCGAUUUAAGUUAAAUAUUAGCACUGCACUUAAGUAAAUUAUCGGAAAGUAAAUAUGGUUCUAAAUAAUGAUCCACUAAAAAAAGUAAGGCACUUAAACUUGAUCAAGACUGUACUUAUCUUUAAAAUCAAACAGUUGUAGAAGGUUAAAAUGUGACUUGAUUGUACUGAAAAGUUAAAUAUAAUUGAAUUGUACUUCAGAAAAAUUCAAUCCACUGUAACAUGAUGAAAAGGGAUUCUGUGUGCCACAUUAUGAGAACCACUGACCGACAUGUAUUAUUUUUGAUGUUUGUGUGUGGCCCUAAUACUCCUUCGAAAGUGUUGGAGUUCCUUACAGCUUAAUGAUCACAUGUGAAAACAUUGUUCCAAAUCACGUAUGAGGGUACACAUGAUUGUUGAAACAACAAUCAUCAAGGAAACAACUAAAAAUAUUGAACAUGUAGCAAAAUUAAUGAGUUGACAAGAAGAGAAACAGCCGAGGAGAAAGACUUUAUAGCCACCUAGACUUAUUUCAUCGUCCUAUCACAUCACACACUUCAUCAGAAGAAUUU